CGCGGUCAACAAGGAAAUAUUCAGGGUCUUUAGUUCGGUCAAGUACAUAACUUCAAACGCUCUUCCUACUUUAUUUGUGAAGGGUUUAUAUGGGCGAAUAUUUUGACUGGAGUGCCUGAGUUUGUUUGUUUACUGCUCAUAUCGUGGUCCAAAUCUACGAAAAAUACCAGGGGGUGUCUGCCAAAGGCCUCAAACGCGACUGAAGACGAUGUUUGUCUGGCACCGACAUCAUGCAACAACGAAGAGAUGAAAUUCUCGCGAAGAAGGCGAAGCUUGAAGAGCUGAAGAGACAGAGAGCCCUCAGGGCAAGAGAGGUCUCAGCAACGAGGCAGAGCAUAGGGAGCCCUGUAGAUUUGAUAUCUCCGACGCCAGGGAGAUCAGACAAUCGCCGGGAACUCGACAACCUUAUAUCCAGCUUAGUUGGCGACAGCAGGCCAGGCUCAACAGGUCCAGGAGGUGCAGGGUCUCCGGCGCACAGAGGGAGCAGGCCGAACAGCGUCCUGAGCGCAGGGGCAUUAAGCAAUGAGAAUUCCGACAUUGUGAGCCCGGCGGAUGGUCCAGCAGCGCCACAGUCCCAAACACAUACAAUAUCUACCCAGACCCUCUCGACAGUCUCAUUAUCCACAGUCUACGAGUGUCCGCCAUCGCCAGUCAAGGAAGUCUUCUCAUACAGUAAAGGGGUCCAAACAUCAGGGGACUGGGCGACAAGGGCAGACCAGGCGCGUCCAUUCGCAGAGUCGGAUAACGAGGAUGGGCCAUUACCCUCCACCCCCAACACCAAGAGACUGAGUAGGAGGGACAGGGAUAGAGAGGAGGAGUUACGUCAAAAUUUAAGGAAGGAGAUUGAAGAGGAGCUCAAGGCUGCUAGAGAUAGCAUCUCGGAUGGGCCACUGAAACCAGCGUCUCAAACUGGAGCCGCUGCGAACUUCCCGCUUCGAGAAUUGUCAGAUGAGGAGCUAGCCGCUAUCAAAGAGUCGGACGACCUCCAAGACUUCCUCGAGAGAUCGUGCAAGGUCAUCGAGCGAGCCUUGGACCAAGAAUAUGAUGUCCUGGCAGACUACGCACACAAUAACAGCCUUGGCAUGGAUGAUGAAGACGACGAGAAUGACAAUGUCGCUGGCAAAGGUCGGCGCAAGGUGAAGCAGGUAGCCCAGUUUUACGAUGAGAGGUGGUCGAAGAAGAGGAUGAUUAGCUCUAUCAACUUCUCCCCCAAAUUUCCAGAGCUUGUACUAGCUUCAUAUACGAAAAACCCUUCGGCGCCUCACGACCCAGACGGACUUGUUCAAGUAUGGAAUACCCAUCUCCACGACCGACCCGAGUUUGUGUUCCACGCGCAGUCAGAUGUUCUCACAGCAAAAUUCUCGCCAUUCCACCCCAAUCUUAUCAUUGGUGGUGCAUAUAGUGGGCAAGUCUUGCUAUGGGAUACACGAGCGAAAUCUGCGCCUGUCCAAAAGACGCCCCUGACCGGUUCGGGCCAUACCCAUCCAGUAUACUCAGUCGACAUUGUCGGCACCCAAAACGCCAACAACAUCCUCUCCUGCUCCACCGACGGCGUAGUCUGCGGAUGGUCCGUCGACAUGUUCACGCAACCGCAAGAACUCCUGACCCUCACCACCCCACCACCCGCCAAGACCGAAGACCUAAGCCCAACCUGCAUGGCAUUCCCCCAAACGGACCCGACCUACUUCCUCGUCGGCUCCGAAGAAGGCACCAUCUACCCCUGUCACCGCUACGACCGCGCCGGCUCCAAAGCCGGCGUCGACCAGCGCGUCAGCUACCGCGGCCACGCCGCCCCGGUCAUGUCCCUCAGCUUCCACCCCGCCCGUGGACCUAUCGAUCUGGGCGACCUCGUGCUCUCGAGCUCCCUCGACUGGAGCGUCAAGCUAUGGCGCAUGCGUGCCCCCGCCACGGCCACAACAGGUAUCACAGGUGAGGCGCAGGUCGUGGCGCCGCUACUGGAUAUUGUGCGCGAAGACGUCGUCUACGACGCUGCAUGGUCGCCGAGCAAGCCUGGUGUCUUCUCUCUCGUCGAUGGCGCCGGCUUCGUGGAGGUAUGGGAUCUUAACGUCGAUACUGAGGUGCCAUGUGCGCGACUGCAGACGAAGCCGCGGCUGGGUGCGAGGAGCCAGUUCAGCCGCAGUCUGAAUCGCGUGGCGUGGGAGGAGACGGAGGGGAAGAGGCUUGCGACGGGUGGUAUUGAUGGCGAGCUGACGGUGUUUGAGGUUGGGCCGGACUUGGGAGGGAAGGAGAGCUCGCGCAGUGAGGAGUGGACGAGUAUGAAGAAAUUGGUGGCGAAGCUGGAGGCGGCUGGGUUGGGGGGACAGGGGAUGGGGAUGGGUGGUGCGUUGUUGUGAGGGGUUGUGUACGUACACUGAAUGUAUGAUGUUAUAAUACAGCAGUAACUGAGAAGACACGUUGUGUCGCCAGUAAUUACCAUGAUGGAAAUGAGUUCAUGUGACCGAAGUGUGGAAUAUAGGGGGUGGUGAUGUUUGAGUUGAUUGACGGAAUUGGAUAAAGAAAAGAC